CAGACCCGCUAUCCCGGUGAUCCAAGAGGAGACGCAGUGGCUUCUGAGGUUCCCGGUUUCCUGAGGAUACAAUGACGGUCACGGUGGUAUAUGAUAACUCUGAGGCAACAGAGCUCUGUGCAGCUCAGCAACUCUACCUCAAGCCCAUAGCAAAAUUGAUGAUCAAUGUAUUGCUCCCAGAGAGUACAGAACCUAUGAGGCCUUUCUCGAACUGGGAAGUUCUUGACCAGCUGAAGAGCCUGAUUUGCCCUGAUCAGUUCACUACAGUUCGGCUCUCUAAGAGUACGAAGAACUUCAUCCGAUUUGAGGGGGAAGCUGAAACGCAAAGUUUGGUUCAGAUCCUGAAGGCAAAAUUACAUGGGAAGAUCAUCAAGCUAAAUGGUUUGAAAACACACUUAAAAGUAGUGGCUACAGAUGCCCAGGGAGAAUGGGAGCACUUAAGCCAGGAACAGGAGACCCCAUCAAAUGAUAGGGCUGAUGAGAUGGACCACAAUAAGAGCCAAGAUUCCAUACAUUUCCAAGGCUUACCCUGCAAGUGGUUUGCACCUAAAGGUUCCAGUGGGGAGAAGCCAUGUGAAGAGAUCCUCCGGGUGGUCUUUGAAAGUUUUGGGAAGAUUAAGAAUGUGGAUAUUCCUAUGCUUGACCCCUACAGAGAGGUAAUGACUGGUGGAAACUUUGGGGCUUUUAGCUUCGGCUUGCAGACAUUUGAGGCCUUUAUACAGUACCAGAAGUCAACUGACUUCAUAAAAGCCAUGGAGUCCCUUCGAGGGAUGAAGCUGAUGCUUAAAGGGGAUGAUGGAAAAGCUCUGGCAUGUAACAUUAAGGUUACGUUUGAUACAACCAAACACUUCAGUGAAGGAGCCAUAAGGAGGAGAAAUCAAGAAAGGCUAAAAUUACAAGAGCUGGAGGAAGAAAGGAGAAAAGAAAAGAAGAGAGAAGAGGAAGAGGCUAAAAGAAAAAGAAAGGAGGAGGAGAGGAAAGCCCAGGAAAAGAGGAAGAAGGCCAGGGUCAGGAGGCGAGCCCUGAAGGAAAGGGACAGACGUCGGCAAAGGAAGCGGGACAGAGCCAAAGCAGAGGCGCCCCGGGAGCCCAACUCUUCAGAGGAGUGGGAGCAGAGGAAGUUCCUUCUGGCUCAGAGGCGGGUGGAGGCUGUUUGGUUGCUACUGGUGCUCCUGAGGAAAAUUGCAGAAUCUGCAGAGUUUAACCCACAGGAAGUAGUUGUUGCAGGCCAUAAAGCUAAUUAUGGUCUGGGGAACACAUUGCAAACUCUGAAGAGAGAAGAGUUAAAUACUCAGUAUCUUCAAAAUAAGGAGGAAAUGCCAAGAUGUCAGGUUGCCAAUAAACAAAAACAAAACAUGAAGAAAAGAACUCAAUUACAUAAAUCUUCCCACUACCACCAGAAGAAAAAAAGAAGAUAUUCAGUUAGAAAAAAGAAAAUGGGAAAAUUAUUAACCAAUGGAUUCAAUUACAGUUUUGUCUCUGACCAGAAUAGCUUGCAAAUUUCAUUAAUUAAAGGUCAACCUCUUGAGAAAGAAGACCACCUCUGUUCUAAUAAAUACUAUCCUUCCAAAUUAUCUGAGAGAGACCAUGGCAGAAAAAAUAAAAUAUAUGAAACAUGUGACUUGAUUGACUUUCUACUAAACCAUUAUUAUCAGACUCCAAGAUAUCCCUCUAUCUGCCUAGAACCAAGUCAUCCAAAAAGCACAUGUCAGUGGCAGAGGUCUGUGCAUGCUAUGGGAAAUGGAUUUCAAGUCAAUUUGAGAAAAUGUAAUUGUCACUCAACCAGGUUGAGCCAAACACAAAAGCUGCAAAGUAGAGAACAGAUUCAAGAAGACGAUUGCGAGGCAAAGAUUCAUACUCAGGAUCCUGUGCAUAAACCACAAAAAAGAGCAAAAGUGGAUUAUGCCAAAGAAUGUACUAAAGAGUUAAAAAACCAUCACAAGGGUACAGCCAGUGAAGCUCAUGAUCAGCUGAUCCCAACUGAUAGAAAGGGCUAUCGGUUGGAAAAGACCCAUGCUUACCAGGUCAAAGAUUCCAAAUCCAGAAGUCAAAGCCAAGUUUCCUCAUCCAAAAUGUCAGCAAACUUAGAGUUGGAGUUCACAGAUUUAAUAGAGGAAAUUAGUAGUGAUUCUGAAUGGUUUGGUGAAAUACCUACCAUAAACAACGAGAAGAAAGAGAAAUCUGUGGCCACAUAUGAAAGUGUCCCAGAAAGAGAAUCUCUUGGUACUGAUAAAGUCAUCACUUACAAUCAAGAAAUUAGAUCAAGUCAGUCUACCUUGUAUUCAAAGUGGAAACAUUUUGGGGAAGAUAAAUACUCUAAAUACCAGCUUAAGAAACCAGGUAAGAGGUCCACGUAUGAACAGAGAUAUUCGUGGCUUGAGGAUGAAAACAAUUCCGUGUGAGCCAAGAACAGCAACAGCAAAAAGUAUAAAAAGCUAGCCCCCAAAUACUUGUUUUAUUAGGGCAACUACCACAAAUCCAGUUCCAGUGAUGUAUUAAACAACAGUACAAGAAAGAAGAAGAAGUAUGAUAAUACAUUUGACCAGAAAAUUAACUACAGGGCCUUUCAUGUGCCAACAACGUCAUCAAAAUGUGCUAGUGCUUUCUAUUCCAGGCGUUUUCCCCAAAGAAGAGAGAUUCUGCAGAAGUCAGAAUAUAACCAGGAUGCAGGAAGGUUCAAAAGACAUGAGAAUUCGACAGAUUUCAUGCUGACUUCAGAUAAUUAUUGUAUUAAACGUAACAGUCGGAAGCACAUUGACUAUGGAAGCUAUAAUUUAGUAAACAAUUACACCAGCCCUUUCUUUUUUAAAAUGUUUUGA